UAAUACAGCUACUAGGUAGCUAGUGCACCAUAUAGUUAACAAGCAAAUGAAAAUAAUAUAUAUUUUUACCGUCCGUACUAUUUAUUCAAUUUAUAAUGUAAAAUAAUAUGGAAAACACUACGAAAAUAUUCAAUAAAUGCUUCUUCAUUUGAGCACUUCCUUCACAAAAGUACUCAAUCUUCAUAUCUCAUCAUGCUUUCGUCGUCGUCAAUGGUGGAGCAACCAUCACGUAUCAAAAUUUCGGGAAUCCACGCCGUGUCCUCCGAUGUUUUACGUUCUAACAUCCUAACCCGUCUAGACGGUGCUUCACUCGCCGCCUUGAGCUGCACCUGCUCCAACCUACACUCUUUUUCCUCGGAAGACUCCCUUUGGAAGAAACAAUGUUCCCUCACGUGGCCUUCUACGUUAGACGCACGUGUCCAAAGCAUCAUUGCAACGUUCCCCGUCGGUCACCGGACGUUUUUCUCCGAUUCUUUUCCGUUUCUUGAACGCAAUGGUGUGAUGAACAAUCUCCCAUCGUCCGUUGAUACAACAGAGUUAAUCUCAGCCGUUGAUAUAUUCUACAAAGACCAAGUGAUUUUCUCAAAGGUUCAUGUGACAGAGACUGUCUCCGGUUGGUUCCUGUGCUCGCCUAUGCGUAUUGAUCUUGUCGAGCCUAAAGAACUGAUCUCGACCAGGGUUUCGUUGGUCAACCAGUGGGAAGAUGACACGUGGAAGAGUGACUUGGAAGAGAAUCUCUCCUUGAGCUGGAUACUCAUUGACCCUAUCCGUAAACGCGCCGCGGAUAUAUCAACCCGAAGACCCGUCUCAGUGGAACGACACUGGCUGACCGGAGAACUCCACGUAAAAUUCUCCACGGUCUUCGUCGGGGGCGACAAGAAAAAGUCUCAAGAGGAAGUAGAGUUCACGGUGACGGUGGUGCUGGCGGCGUUUAACCGGAGGGGAGAGGAGAAGGCGGAGGUGCAGAUAAGGGAGGUGAGCCUUGUAGCUGAGGACAUGGAAGGAAAGAACUUAGGAGGGAAGGGUAGUUUAGUAAUUUUGUCAUCGGCGAUGGGAAUGAAGCGUCGGAGGUUUAGGGCGGGAGGGGAAGAGGACGGGAAGGAGAAGUAUAGAGAAUUCAUGGAGAGGAAGACGGGGAAGGCUGUCCGGCGAGAGAAGGAAACGGCGAUAGAGACGGCGGCGUGCUGGAUCGCCGUCCUCUUACUUGGUUUCCUUCUGUGUUUUUAUUUGUUUAUACAUAAAAAUAUGAUUGCCAUUAUGAACAAACUGAUGAAAUAAAAUAUAACAAUGUAACGAACAAAAAGAAAAUCAAGAUUAAACAUACAUAUCAUUUCGUUUUCAGUGUGUAUUUUAUAUCAUUUUACAAACAGUGGAAUCACUUUAUUCAA